CAGUGUCCCACAUCUCCAUCUAUUGUUAAAAGCUUCUAUUUUUUCUGGGUCUUCAUUGCUCAAAUGCCUUGUUUUGCUUCUGUUCUACUUCAAGUUUAGUGCUUCUUCUAGAUUCUGAUCUUGCCUUCACCACUUUGAGUGAUACCAACAAAAUGGGAGUGGAUUUGAGGCAAGUGGUGGCUGGUGUGCUCACCCUCACUAUGUUCGUCAUGCUUAUACAUAUGAUCAAAAGGGACCAUUUUGAUUCGGUUCAAGAUAAACUUCCAGGAGCAACAGAGGAUUUCAGCUUUGAAAAUUCAAAGUUUGAUGCUACUCAUGUAAGAAAGAAUAUAGGGCUUUGGAAGGGAGAUGCUGAUCAGUUAAAUCCAUGUUGGGCUAAGCCAUCUGGAGAUGAUGGCGAGCAGACUGAGGGGUUUGUUACCUUUUCAUUAACCAAUGGCCCAGAGUAUCAUAUAUCUCAGAUAGCAGAUGCGGUGAUUGUUGCUAGAAAUCUUGGGGCAACACUUGUGAUCCCUGACAUCAGAGGAAGCCAACCUGGUGACAAAAGGAACUUUGAGGACAUUUAUGAUGUUGAUGUGUUCAUGAAAAGCAUGGAAGGAGUGGUCAGAGUGGUAAAGGAUCUUCCUGCUCGUAUAUCAACACAUAAAAUUGCUGCUGUGAAGGUCCCUAAUCGGGUUACUGAAGACUACAUAGCUAAACAUGUUGAACCAAUUUAUAGAACAAAGGGAAAUAUAAGGCUUGCAACUUACUUUCCUUCAAUUAACAUGAGAAAGGCUGGGAAAAAAGGUGACAGUGAUUCUAUUGCAUGCUUGGCAAUGUAUGGAAGUUUAGAGUUACAGCCAGAAAUGCGUGACCUUGUUAACUCCAUGGUCGAAAGACUUAGAACUUUAAGCCGAAACUCAGAUGGCCAAUUUAUAGCUGUGGAUUUGAGAGUUGAGAUGUUGAGUAAGAAGGGUUGCCAAGGAAGUGAUAGUGAUGGAGAGAAGAGCUGCUUCAAUGCACAAGAGAUUGCUGUGUUUUUGAGAAAGAUUGGUUAUGAAAAGGAUACCACAGUUUAUGUGACACAAUCAAGGUGGGAUAGCAGCCUUGAUUCUCUUAAGGAUUUGUUCCCUAAAACUUACACAAAG